CUGUUUAAUACAUUGCCCUUACUAAUCGAGAGCUUCAUAAUGGAAACACAAGAUUUCGACUCAUCUGGAACGAUGUCACUGAAAGAGUUCAUUGACUUUGCAAUGAAAAUUGAGAAACCGUCAGCGAAGCAAAACGAAGUCCGGAGUAAUCUUCGGCGUCCUCGAACCGUCGUGUUAGACAAAAUCACUAGGGAUAGUUCUAAUCAGAUGGUCACACAGAAGCUUGCUGCAACUGGACGGUCAGGACGACCUCAGAAACCACGUUCUUGCUCGUUUCCAGGAUGCGGUCGUGUUCUGUCAACACCUCAAAGUUUAAAGCAACAUAUGCUGCAGCAUACCGGCGAACAACCCUUUGAAUGUGGGUUCGCCGGCUGUAGCUUUCGAUGUCGGAACCCGGCGAACCUCAAUAAUCACCGGGAGCUGCACUUAGACCCGCGCGACCGUCCUCGCUACUACUGCAACCAGCCCGGCUGCUUCAAAGUGUACAUGCAACGCUCUUCUUUGCGCGAUCACUUGAGAGGACAUAGAGACCAUCGACCCCAUGUUUGCACCUACCCAGGUUGUGGAUUGAGUUUUCGGCAAAGUAUACAUCUUAAGGAGCACGCUUUAGUUCAUUUAAAAAAACAUGAACGACCGAGCUAUCCCUGUCUGCAUCCUGGCUGUUCCAGCGUUCUACUUUCGGAGCGUUCACUUCGAGUGCACUCCUACAAGCACACAGGAGAGUAUCCCUUCUUUUGUGAAUAUCCGGGAUGCGGUAAAGGAUGUGCCACUAACACCGAAUAUCGCAACCAUCUCAAAGUGCACAUCAACAGAACUACUGGAAUGUCGAAGUUGGAUUCUUGCUUUCAGUGCAGCAUUCCUAACUGCCAUCAGUCUUUCGCCGAUCGACAUUCGUUAAAACUUCACGUACAAGCAUCUCAUCCUGAAUGUUUAAUCGCAUGUGGGUUUCCUGGUUGCGAAAGAAUGUAUUUUAAUAAACAGGCUCUUGUAGCCCAUCGCAGGCAUCACAGAGAAAAACUUGACGUAUCUUCAACAUGCCCAAAUUCACCGGAAUCUCCCGAUUCAUCUGCAACUGUACCCAUGCUCUCAGAAUUUACCGAUGAUCCGAAUGAAUUCGUUCUUGGUCCAGCCUUUGAUGCAGUCAAACCAGAGCCUGAAUGAGCUCUUGUAGCCCAUCGCAGGCAUCACAGAGAAAAACUUGACGUAUCUUCAACAUGCCCAAAUUCACCGGAAUCUCCCGAUUCAUCUGCAACUGUACCCAUGCUCUCAGAAUUUACCGAUGAUCCGAAUGAAUUCGUUCUUGGUCCAGCCUUUGAUGCAGUCAAACCAGAGCCUGAAUGACAUUUCUAUCUAAAUCAAAGAUGCCUGUUCCUGAUCCUGUUCCCUGGUUCUUUUGCGCCUUAUCAGUCUUUUGUACGGAGAUUCUGGUUCUUUGCAAUCCAUGUAUAUUUUCCAUGUGAAUGUCCCUUUUUGACUUGACUCGAG